UGCCCAUCAUCAACGAUGUCCCCCAAGAAGCGUAAGAUCCAUACCACCUUAUCCGCAACCUCAAAGAAACCAAACUCUAAUCGGGUCGAAAGAACGAAUCUCUUGAAGUCCCCUGAUACCAUGUCUCAGCGAACACUUGAAAGCGCCUUCAACCCCUAUCCUCCCUCCAAAGUCUACCGCCUCGUCGAGCCCGACCCCAUCAUGCUGGUCUCAACCGGCCCAGCCACCAAAUCAAAACCGGACCACAACUUCCCUGACAUCAACGUCAUGACAAUGGGCUUCUCCAUAAUGGUGCAGCACUUGGGCCUUCCGCUGAUCGCGGCAUGCAUCGGCCCCUAGGACGCAAAGUACGCGCGGCUUCAAGCGAGGCGUGGGUGCGUGCUGGCCGUCCCGAGCGUUGAGAUGGCCGAAACGGUGGACGA